AUGGCCUCGUAUCCUAAGAAGAAGUGCGGUGUUUUGGGCGCCACCGGCUCCGUGGGCCAGCGGUUUAUCCUCCUCCUUGCCGACCACCCUUUCCUGGAGCUGCACGCCGUCGGUGCGUCUGAGCGUUCUGCGGGCAAACAGUACAAGGAUGCCGUGAGAUGGAAGCAGUCUACGGCUAUGUCGGAGAAGCUUAGCACACUCGUCCUUCGCGACUGCAAGGCUGAACAGUUCGCUGACUGCGAUCUCGUCUUCUCUGGACUCAACAGCGACAUUGCGGGUGACGUUGAGAUGGAAUUCAUCAAGGCCGAUAUCCCCGUUUUCUCGAAUGCGAAGAACUACCGCAAGCACCCUCUCGUCCCUCUCGUCGUCCCCACCGUCAACCCCCACCACCUGGACCUCAUCCCUCACCAGCGCAAACACUUCGGCCUGAAGAAGGGAUUCUUGGUUUGCAACUCUAACUGCGCUGUCAUUGGUGUUGUCAUCCCGUUCGCUGCCCUGCAGGCCAAGUUUGGACCUGUUGAGGAGGUGGAAGUCUUCACCGAGCAGGCUCUCUCUGGAGCUGGUUACCCGGGUGUCCCCAGCAUGGACAUCCUGGACAAUGUCAUUCCUUUCAUCAGCGGUGAGGAAGACAAGCUUGAGAACGAAGCUCAGAAGAUCUUGGGCUCCUUGAACGCCGAUGCUACUGCUUUCGAAGAGCAGUCCGGUCUCCGUGUUGGCGCCACUUGCACUCGUGUUGGAGUCACUGACGGUCACAUGGCGUUUGUUUCCUUGCGCUUCAAGAACCGCCCCGCUCCCAGCGCAGAGCAGGUGGCCCAGGCCAUGAGGGAGUACCAGUCGGAGGCUCAGAAGCUGGGCGCUCCUUCUGCACCCGCGCAGGCUAUCCGGGUGUUCGACGAGCCCGACAGACCCCAGCCUAGACUGGACCGGGACAUCUCCAAGGGCUACACCGUUAGCGUUGGACGGGUGCGCGACGGCAACGAGGGUGGCUAUUUCGAUCUCCGCUUUGCUGCUCUUUCCCACAACACCGUUAUCGGUGCUGCUGGAUCGUCCAUCCUCAACGCGGAGGUUGCUGUCAUCAAGGGCUACAUCUAA